AGCAGUGACGAAAUGGCUAUGACAUGAAAACUAGAGAUGUUAUCCCUCAGAAUUCUCUUUCAGAGCUCAGCUAUACGCCCAACAUGCCUCCACUCUGUCACUAGAACCACUUUCAGAUCGCCAAUCGUCACUCUCCAAUCAGCAUGUCUUUCUGCAGCAUCAACCCGUCCACACAUAACGAACUUUAAUAAAUCUGAUGUGUUUCAAAGGCAUCUUGUUUUGAGUAGACACUAUUCUAAUCCCUCACCGCCCGCACCUCCUAAGAAAAGAGGUCGAUUGAUCGUUAAGCUUCUGAAAGAGUAUGGGCCGGUAUUUUUCGUGUUCCACACGUGCACCUCCAUUGUGACGUUCGCCAUGUUUUAUCUACUUGUCUCCAGAGAUUUCGACGUGUCAGCGAUGCUGUCAUUCGCGGAGAACUACAUAAACGUGGACAACAUCCUAGCUAAAGCAGGGUACGACAAGUCUGACAUCCUCUCUCCCACGUCCUCUAAUGCCACCAGUGGUAUAAUAGCAGUGCUGCUCUACAAGCUCACCUCACCCCUCCGACUAGUACUGGACUCCAUCAUGGUCCCUGUGGUGGUUAGGAAUCUCCGGUACAUGGGUGUUAUGCAACCUGAAACCGCGGUGGAUGAGGUGACUCUAGCUAGGAUUGAGCAGAGGAUAGAACGAUUUGAUAAGAAGUACGAUGAGAUCGACCUGGAGCCCGCAGUGAAGGCUAUAAGAAGAGGCGUGGCUAAGAGGAACGAGCGUAGGAGCCGGCAGAUGGUCAAAUAUACUGAAACUCAGAGAAAAUUUGAUAAGAAAAAAACUGAAACCCAGAGGAAGAUCGAUAAGGUUUUUAAGAAGAAGAGGAAAUACUCUACUACUGUAACUAAUACUGCUGCGGAAAAUAAGAAGGAUAAAUGAGGUGUAUACAUUUAAAAUUUGCUAGGUUAAAUUAUAUGGACACCUGACUGAUUAGAUUAUUAGAACGAAUCAAACGAAGACAUUUCCUUCAAAAUAAAGUUUAACUUCAUUCAUGUUUGAGAUUCGUGUGGCACAAACAUUUGAAUAUAAGAUACGUUUAUGAAGAAUUUUUUAGAUAAUUUAUGAAUUAUGAUGAUCUGUGUUUUGAAUUAUGUUACCUGUUUUGAAUUAGCCCACUUUAAUUCCAGUCUGAUAUGGUAAAUCUAAAGGAUUGCUCUGCUGAUGAUACUCUUUACAGAGACUCAGUCUUGCCCGUGCAAGAAAGCUUGCACAGCUUCAAGGGUUUGGAUAUCUUAGAUCUUGUGAGGGGCAAGGGUAUAGUCUGCCAAUUCAAACUUUUCUGCAUACUCAGCAUGAAUUGAAUUUUAUUGAUAAGAUUAACUAUUAAUUUGUAUUAUAUUGGUUCUGAGACUUCGAAAUUUGCAAAGUUGGUAUAUUUUGUACGUAUUAUAACUGUUGAAAUUGUUCAGAUUUUUUGAUCUUCCCUUUUUGCC